AUGAAAAUCAUCUUUCAUACCGUUUCGGCAUUGGUGCUUGCAGCUGAUUACGUCGGACCGCUGGAUCCGCCACGAUUUGGCUGCUGUGAUCCAAACCACCGUCGAGAGGGCACGUUCCGUCAGAGCGACGGAACAUGCCGCGUUGGAAUCGAACAUUGUUGCUUCCUCCGUGACGGAACGGACCAGUGCUGGCAGUAUGAUGUGUACACGGAGGGCGUAGGCAAUCUACAAUGGAAUACUGGCGGACGGUGUAAUAAUGACCCGGAUGCACAUCCUGUUUGGACAGUCGACUGGAACAGACCUUGUCCCUAA